AUGCUUCUGCUUGUACCUUCGCACAAGACAGACGAAGAGGGUGUCGGGAAGGAUGCGGCACCUCCCAGCAGAGUCCUCGUCCUCCUAUCCUCCGAUACCGACAUCAGCUCCAAUGUCAUUGUUCCUGACACAGCCAUUACCACUACUCUGGGAACCAACGACACCUUAGAAAUCAUCGCUGGCAACUUUCCACACACCCCGCUCUUCAACCCGGCAGCAUUCUUUACGCAACCCAAACACUCGAGAGACCAUCUCGGCAUUCUUCAGCCCUCUAGACCUGACGACCCUUUUAACGGCUUCCAACAACCCUCUCAACAAUCGAACGUCUAUCGCUCGCAGGAUCACAUGGACGACAGUCGAUCAAGGAGACAGCCCAGCCAACCAGACCAACGUACUCUACAUCCUUACGGCGGUAACAACCCCAACUACAGCCGCGCCCGUCGACAUUCACACACCGGUCUAGUUGAGUUUGAUUACUCAGUAGGGCCUUCUAUCAGCGGUCCACGACUGCGGGCUCGUCAAUCCAUCUCGCUGGCGGCACCAUAUCAACACCAAUCUUUCCGGACACCUCGUCUUCUAAGAGGUGCCUUUAGGAAGGCUAGGAAGGAACAAUCACCUCUUUUGACCUCUGGCGGCUUUGGAACCGACUAUACAAUGCAGAACCCUGCAGAGGAGUGGGAGGGAGACGACAUUUUUCUGCCCUGGAAGACCGUGUCGUCCAUUCCUGAACAACCAUCCUACCCUUCGACAACUCUUGGUUCCACCAACCCAAGGUCGUUGCUUCAUGGAGUUGGAUCCAUUUCGCAUCUCUCAAAUCCUCGAGGAGAACAGCUGGAGGGAGAAAUAAUCAAUAACAAGAGCUAUGCUGACCUCGAUUCGAUCGACUCUGGCGACGACAUUGAAUUGGAUGGGGACGAAAAUAAUAGGGACAGAGAUACGACUGCGAUGACAACCAAGUCUCCCACAAUCCCACCGGUGCCACCCAAGCGAGGACAUCGAGAUUCAUCUGAGUUUGUGGAUGUUGAUGGGCUAUCGGACGAGGAGAUGGCUGCAGACGAAUCCUCCAAGGCACCAACAACAGCGGAUGAGUCUCCCACGAAUAGUAAAGCACGAGUGGACCAAUGGUUGAAGGAUGGUAUGGAUAAUAAGACACUGGAUCGAGCAGACUUGGAGAUUGAUUUGGAGAACAGCUUGGAUGCCGACAUGAACACGAUCCUUGGAAUGGCGUCGGAUAUGGAGCUGGUGAUGCCCAAGUUUGACGACAACUACCUACAGGACUUGAACACAGAGCCGGCGUUGACUGCUUUCACGAGAGGACGCUCUUCUUCUGCGUCGAAUGCUGUGUCCCCUUCCUGCUCACACUCAUCCUCGACCACUAUCACCUGUAUUUCUUCCCACUCCUCUCCAUCACAAUCGACGGCCACCGGCUUUCCUGGACCAACGAUUCUUGCCCAUGGAGGAUCGUCGCCUUUGCAGUCCAACACCACUGGCCAACGAACGACAGAACAGCCCUCUGCGGGCCAAGACCUUUCUAGUUUCCACCGUGACAUUGAUAUCUUGCGCCGACACCGAGAAGGGUUGAAAGGGAGCCCCGAACUACCAACUGAGACUUCGAAUCCUAGACUACCAUCCCUCUUGAACUCGUCCUCCUGUGGUUCAAACCCGUCCACCCUGUCAUCAUCAGCCUCGCCUCCCUCUUCGACAACUGACGAACAAGGCAUGCCAGCGUCUCAGGGCCCCAUCUAUUUCAAUCCUUCUCACCACAACCUGGCCAACGAAUCCGCACCAGGCGAGCAGCACCCACACCAGAAUGUGAUGAUUAUCCAGUCAAACCAAUGGACCAUGGACAACAACAAGGGUGUAACUACAGGGACCAGAGUCUUCCCACAGUCGAUGGGUAUACGAAGGAAUGAGGGGAAUCAUAUCUACAUGGUUCGAGAAUGCUCACCGACACCUUCUCCACCACCUCUUCUCGACAAGAGCGCCAUCAUGACGACACACAAUAUAUCGCUGGCCACUGCCAACAUGAAUGUGUUGACGCCACAGGAGGUGCAAGAGGACUAUUACACAAGGCGGAAUAUGCGACUCAACCGGCAGCGACAGCGCCGAAGGAGUUCUGCUGCGGUUGCGGGGGCAGCAGAAGCGGUAGCAGCAACGGCGACGACAGGUGGGGCGAGUGGAGAGAGCAGGUCACUCCGGUUAGAGGGGGUCUCACCCUUGGCCUCGACCAGUUCGUCGUCGUCGUCCACUUCUUCCCGCUCGGCGUCUGUCCAUGGGUCAGAUUUGAUCCACCCCCUCGAUAUCAACUACAGCAACAACAACAACAAAUCCAUUGUACCAGUACCGGCGAUUAGUGCGACCCUGCUUCCGAUGUCGUAUUACAUUCCCCCCAGCGCGUUUCGAACAGAGGCGGCAGUUGCGGCGGAGAGGGAGAGGGAGAUGGGGCGGAAACGGAAGGAAGAAGAAGAGGCCCUCAAGAAUUCUUUCCUAGUUUUCCCUUCACCCACCCUCUUGUGA